CGCCGUCAACAAAUGAGCCACCAGUAUUUGCCUACGCGUUGGCCUGCGCCUCUCCUUCCUGCACACUUUGUGCAGGUUGCUCUGCGUCUUGUGACUGCGAGGGAGGCUGGUCUCCCGAGCUACUGUCAUCUUUGCCGCUCGCAGCCGAAGCGGGCGCGGCUGAAGGAGUACCCUCGGGACCACUCGACGUCGCGCCAGAUGCAGCAGCAACAAGAUGAGGCUGGCUAGCAGCCACAGCAGCCGCGG